GUUGACUUUUGUGUGGGGAGAAGUACAACACAUAUAUUGUACACUGAAAUAGUCUGCUCUAUAUGACCAGCAUUUCCCUCUUUCCCUCUUUCCAUCUGCUCAUCUUUCAGAUAUAUCCUCUGAUUUAUCAACAUGGAGCCCAAGGCUUUUCUUCGGCUGCUUCUAAUGUUUCUGGGUUUCUCCUUUGUUCUCUCCUCAUCCGUUCCCUCAUCCAGAACUUUGAAGUCAAUUAAGGAUGAGCAAUUUCUCCAAGAUUUUCAGGGAAUAAUGGGCAUGAGGGGUGAUGGAAAGGCCUGGGAGAUGGAAGAAGGAUUCAAAGAGGGGAGAAUGGAUAUAGAGAGCCAAGACUACCCAGGAACAGGAGCCAACAAUCACCAUGAUCCAAAGCCUCCUGGAAGAGAUUAAUCUUAAAAUUAUAGAUUCAUACAUAUGUGUAUGUGCCCACUUGUGCACUUUGACCAUUAUUAUUAUUUUUUUGGUCAGAUGUGCACUGUGUGCAUGAAGAACUUGAAAAGACUCGUUUUUUUGUUUGUGGUGUUGUUCGGUGUUGUUAGGUGUGAGUGUUCAUGAGUACUUCUAUAGAAUGUUAUUUAUUUAUCCGAUGAAAAAAUAGAAAGAUCG